UGACUGACCGCCUGCCUGUCCCAACCGGCACUUUGCCUUCUUCGACCUUCUCCUCACUCAGUCGCUUCCCCCCCGUUUUCUCUUUCCUUCUCGUCCUGAACCCAAACCCUGCGAAGCAAACGCGUUACUCGAUUUGGUCAUUCUCCCUCCCCCUCAAAAGCAUCAUUCCUCUUUGGGCAUUUGUCUUCACGUCCCCCAGUAUCUUCCUUCCUCACUUUACUCUCUCAAAGGAAUUCAUUUUCGUUCAAGUUUCCUCCCUCCUUCCCCCCUCUUAAUCACCUCAUUCAAACCAUGGCCGACAUCACCGCCGUCGGUGAAGAGAACCCUUCUCCCACUCAGGACGACCUGCAGCAGGCCGCCGGUAACGGCGCCGCUGACAACCGCGGCACCAAACGCUCUCGCAUGAGCGCUGCCGACGACGACGAUGACGAUGAUGACAAGCCAGGUCGCGAGCGCAGAAAGAUUGAAAUCAAGUUCAUUCAGGAUAAGUCGCGUCGCCACAUCACCUUCUCCAAGCGGAAGGCGGGUAUCAUGAAGAAGGCAUAUGAACUUUCCGUCCUCACUGGUACUCAAGUACUGCUUUUGGUCGUGUCUGAGACCGGUCUCGUGUAUACUUUCACCACCCCUAAGCUCCAACCAUUGGUGACCAAGCCGGAGGGCAAGAACCUGAUUCAGGCCUGUCUCAACGCUCCCGAUCCGACCGCCAAUGAGAACGGCGUCGACGCCCCGGAGGUGCCUGCUGAGACUCCCGAAGAUGUCAGCCACGCCAAUGUCAACCCUCAGCAGCAGAACAUGCCCCGCCCUGCAGGCAUGCACCCCGGUUACAUGACGAACGAGCAGCAGCAGCAGAUGGCCUACUAUCAGAACCUCCAGCAGCAGCAGCAAGCAGGUCAACAAUAUCCCGGUAUGCCUGUAGGCAACCGGAUGCCCCCUCAGCAUCAGCCCACCGCAUAAGCUGUGUGUCUUUGAGUCCCUCCCGCCGCGCGCUCUAAGGAACCUGAGGAGCUUAGGCAAGUUGUUCGCAUCCUUGUCAAACAUCAGCCCGCGCAACGCUUGCUCCUCCACGGCCUUUCUUUGAUACCCAGACGAUUUGUUCCCUCACCUAUUUGGCACACUUCCGAAACCCAAAACCAGAUGAAAAAAAUGUGAAAAAUCCGGUCUACGCUGUAUGCCAGAAAGCAAUCCAGAAUAUCAAGAGGAGGGAUGAUUUCAAUGUCUUUUUCCAUACUCUGUAUAUCGUCGAACUGUUGGUGCUGCAUGCAAUCCGAGUCGCGCUGAUCUCAGCAUUUGGCAAGAUCGCGUCUGCUAUAUCCGCCCCCCCCCCC